CUGGAUACACCUCAAGCCCGGCUCCUGUGUCCAGCUUGUUCCUUUGCUGGACUCCUUGACUUUUUUUAAAGCAUUGUUUGAUUUUGAGCAGUAACCAGGCUUUUUUUUCCAGAUGUUAGUCCACACCUAUUCAUCCAUGGACCGGCACGAUGGCGUCCCGAGUCACAGCUCGCGACUCUCCCAGCUGGGCUCGGUGUCCCAAGGACCUUAUUCCAGCGCCCCGCCGCUGUCCCACACCCCGUCGUCAGAUUUCCAGCCGCCCUACUUCCCGCCCCCCUACCAGCCGCUCCCCUACCACCAGAGCCAGGACCCGUACUCCCACGUCAACGACCCCUACUCCCUGAACCCCCUGCACCAGCCCCAGCAGCAUCCUUGGGGGCAACGGCAACGGCAAGAAGUGGGUUCAGAAGCCGGCUCCCUCCUGCCCCAGCCUCGGGCCGCCCUGCCCCAGCUCUCGGGCCUGGACCCCCGGAGGGACUACCACUCGGUCCGCCGGCCGGAUGUGCUCCUGCACUCAGCGCACCACGGCCUGGACGCGGGCAUGGGUGACAGCCUCUCGCUGCACGGCCUCGGCCACCCCGGAAUGGAAGACGUCCAGUCAGUUGAAGAUGCCAAUAACAGCAGCAUGAAUCUAUUGGACCAGUCUGUCAUUAAAAAAGUUCCAGUUCCUCCCAAAUCUGUGACUUCUCUGAUGAUGAAUAAAGAUGGCUUCCUGGGAGGCAUGUCCGUCAACACCGGGGAGGUGUUUUGCUCGGUCCCGGGCCGUUUGUCUCUGCUCAGUUCAACUUCAAAGUACAAAGUAACUGUGGGGGAAGUUCAGAGACGGCUGUCGCCCCCAGAAUGCCUGAACGCGUCUCUCCUCGGUGGCGUCCUCCGAAGAGCCAAAUCGAAAAAUGGGGGGAGAUCUUUGCGAGAAAGGCUAGAAAAAAUCGGUUUGAAUUUACCCGCGGGCAGGCGCAAAGCAGCAAAUGUCACGUUACUCACCUCCCUGGUGGAAGGAGAAGCUGUUCACUUAGCUCGGGAUUUUGGGUACAUUUGUGAAACAGAGUUUCCCGCCAAAGCUGUUUCUGAGUAUUUGAACCGGCAGCACACGGACCCCAGCGACCUGCAUUCCCGAAAGAAUAUGCUGCUGGCCACCAAGCAACUUUGUAAAGAGUUUACGGAUCUGCUGGCCCAGGACCGGACGCCCAUCGGGAACAGCCGGCCCAGCCCCAUCCUGGAGCCGGGGAUCCAGAGCUGCCUCACGCACUUCAGCCUCAUCACGCACGGCUUCGGCGCCCCGGCCAUUUGCGCCGCGCUCACGGCCCUGCAGAACUAUCUCACCGAGGCGCUCAAAGGCAUGGACAAGAUGUUCUUGAACACCACCACCACUAACAGGCACACGUCUGGGGAAGGCCCAGCUUUGCCCGCAUGGUUUAUGAGCUUCUUCAAAGAGGACUUGGGCUUCCUACACAAUCUAUAAGGUACAGAGAAAAAAAAAAAUCCGAUCCCUUUUUAAUCAAAGCCUGUGUGUCAGAAUUCUGCAGGUGCACUUCUUUAAAGAAGCUCAAAGGGAAUAAUUUAGAAAGUGGCCAAUAAGAGACUGAAGCAGCUUUGAGUCUAGUUGCUAACAGAUACCUCAAGAUGGAAUUCCAGGAAGGUGGGGAGCUACUAAAAGAAUUUUAGGGGAAAGGAGGAAGGGUUCUUGGAGUCCAAUAUUUUAACAUUGCUUUGCCUUUAAAAUGGAUUCCAUUUCCUUGGGCUCCUUGGCAAUCACGGGAAAAGCAGCAGCUUUGCCAGUGGUCUGGCGGUGUGGGAGGAAGGUGGUGCCAGCUUCUGUGUUUCAGCGGCCAUUGCUUCCUUACAAGAUACUUUAUGAAUGAGGCGUAUUUCCCCCCUCCCAGACGUGCACUUGUUUUGGCAAUAAUGGUAAAAUAAUGCAAAGUGAAAAGAGAUGUAUUUCAGCUUUGAAUUUUACCGUCUGGAUACACUGGGACUAUUCCCAGUGGAUAAAGUUUCAUGUAUUUAAUAUCUCUCACUUCUGGCAGCCCAGCUCCGUUUCUUGGGCUUCAUUUGAGCAUUAUCAUGAAAUAAGACCUGCAACCCAUUGUCCCCCACCUUCCCUAAAGCAGUGAGAAAUCCCCAAGAGGUAGGAGUGGGAGAGACAGGUCUCUAAACUUAGUGUGGGUGCAAGCACCUCUUUAAACAAAGUAGGCAUUAGGACCUUUGCAACUUCGCUCGAAGCCAAAGAUCCGGAGGUCGGUUCUGCAGGAUACACAGGACCCACUGGGACUCUCAGGCCUGCGGCAGGAUGGGCCUUGGCCUGGGAGGUCGGGCGUGGGUCGGGGGCGGGGGGAGGUUAGGAACCUGCUGAGAGCUUUGCGCAGUCAUCUUUAUGGGGGAGGGAGUUAGGGAGUUGGUUUCAGGUCACCAGGAGGGCCCAAGUAAAGAUUGAUGUCAGACCCCUGUCCAUCCACCGUCAGCUCCUUUGGGGGCCUCUGGGUGUGCGGGGUUCAGCCAUAGAUGAGUUGAAGGAGUACAAAGGCCGGGAACUAGACUUCGUGGAGAGUGUAGACACUCCAUCUCUCCCCAGCUCAGAAGCCUGCGCCUUUGUCCGAGGGCCUGGCCACUUGCAUUAGACAUAUUGAUUGUCAAAGGCCAGGAGAAACCGCACUGAAAACCAUCGUCUCCUUUCCUUGCAGGGCAACGCGCCCCACGCGUGUGACGUGCGAGAGACGCGAUGGACGCGCCUUGCUCUUACUGUGCAGGUCCCGAGAGCGCGGGGGCCACUCGCGCCCGGUCGUGUUGAGGACAUAGAAUCAGCCGCUGGAGGGGCCGCGGGCCGCGCGGGCCCUUCCCGCUCUCGGUCUCACCUUAAGGGCUAAGGCGACCGAGAAAGCCCGGUGCUCCAGUAGGUAAAGGGGCGGCGCCCCGCGGGCUGCAGGCGGGAGGGGUCUCAGCGCUGCCCGAGCCCCCUGCUGCCGGCGGCGGCCUCCCGGCGCCCGCUCCCCGAGGGCCAGUGGCCUAGAAAUGUCCAGGGGAUCGGAAGCUACCCCCACCUUUGCCAGGAGGAAAACUCCACCCUCGCGCUCCUUAAGGCGGGUGACGGGGUUGGAACUGUCUUACUGGGCUACGCAGGCUCCUUCUACGCCCUUUGCCCUCCCUCGUGCGUUCGGACCGCGCCUGGCCCAGCAGAGCCGCGCGCCUCCCCCUGCACGCCCCCCCCCCCCCACACACGUGGAGAGAUCCCAGCGCCCCCUCUUCUUCCCUCCCUUCUCCUUUCAUGUAUGACCCCCGCCCCCUUGCUUUCGUUAGCCAGGCCCGCUACGUUUAUCUGAUAAUUGAGUUAUUAAAAGAUUUGGUUUCCUUGGGCCCAUAAAUCAAUAAACAGUGGGAUUAACGCAAGAGUUUGCCUUUUAAGUCAAAGGAAACGUUUAAAGCAAGCCCCUUUGAGUCUUGUUUUCAAACUAAACAGGUGAGCUGCAGCUCCCUCCCCCUCGCUACCCCAUACCCUCCCGCCCCCAUGCACUCAUUGGACAAUAAAUCCAAGCGGCGUGCCCCCUCCUAAGUGCUCGGUCCCAAACCCAAAUAGAAAGGAAGAAUCAGGAGGUAGGAGCGCUGCCCUCACACUUUCCACUUUGCAAGUUCCUCUGGAGGUUCAAAGGUCUUCUGACCGUCCCCUGUCCAAACCUGCCUCCUCUUACGUGUAUUGUGGCUCUUCGGAGAGCAAAAAAGGGGCGCAGGGGAGAGGGGAGGAAAUGGACCGUUCUAGACGAGGAGUCCUACAUCGAAGUGAUCUUUUACUUCUCCCCCCGAGAAGGUAACUUUCUCUCUUCCCCCCACCCCAAGUUAGAUAGCAUUUUCUUUCCUUCUCUCUGGCACCAACUACAUCUUUAGCUUUCCCCACCCCUACAGAAAGAACUGAAGAAACUCUGAAAGACCUGGCUGUUUUAUUUUCUUUGGCCAAGGAAACCACUUUCUCUCAAGCAAUUAUUUCAUAUCCUAUGAAAACUAUGGUCGAAUGGAAAACCCGAAACUCCAAACUUAUCUACACCCUGUUCCUCCAGUACAAAGCCUUACUUAAAAGGGCAACUCGUUCCUACUUAGAGUGUUUGUAGAGAAUUUGUCAUCACCUCUGAUACCCGGUAUUCGUAACACAUUAUGUGGAAAGGAAAUAACCUUGAACCACCUGAUGUUGCCUCAAGAGCCCCAACAGUGUUUCCCCUCCUGUGCUGAUGUGUGUUAAAUUAUGGGGUUAAAAAAAUACCAAAAUUCGUUUUGUUUUCUUUUUAAAAAGUAGAAUGAACACCAUUCUUCUUAAAAUGCCAAAAUCGACUCCUCUGUUGAGUUGGUCUCUAAUUCACUAACAUUGUUUUGCCACACAAUCGAGAAAAUAAUCUAUUGACUCUUCACGAGAAGAGCUCUGGAGGGUAUCCAUGUUAAGUUUGUAUAUAUUUAUUUAUGCUUAAUUUAAUGGGAAUGUGUAAAUAUGGCGAGCAAGUAGUUUGGGAUUAUUUAUCUGUGAAUCUAUACCUCUGUGAAUGGGUGGUAAAAAAAAAAAAAAAACACCAAAAAAACGCUUGACCCUAGGUAGAAUCUUAUCUGAAUUUUUCUGUUCUUUAUAGACAAGCUGUUAUGGUAAUGGGUAGAAAUUGGUUUAUUGUCCAGUGUUGAUCUAAUUUACAUAAAUAAAAAGAUUGUUGUGUU